UUGGAGGCGGGGUUACGGAGUACACAGGAAGUCAAAAGGUUGAAGUGGUUCGGCCUGGCUGCAUUUAAUGCGAACACAAGAUAAUAUUAAGAAAUAAAUUAUUGAACUUGAGAUAGCGCUGGACAAUCAGAGACCGUUGUGCAGGUUAUAGUGUCACCAUGGCAACAGAGGGGGAUCCUUUAAACUUGGUCAAAGUUUUACACCUCCUGGUACUCUCCUUCACCUGGGGGAUGCAGGUUUGGGUCUCCUUCAUUGCAGGUUUUGCUUUGGUGAUGCAGGUGACGAGGCACACCUUCGGAUUGGUGCAGAGUAAACUCUUUCCGGUUUAUUUCUACUGUCUGUUGGGAAGCCAUUUUAUCAGUUUGGCUAUUUAUGCCGUGUAUCACCCGAGAGAGCUGCUGGACACACAUGAAACAGUGCAGAUGGCGCUGUAUUUUGUGGCGCUGAUGAUGGCAGGUCUAAAUGCUCAGUGGUUUGGUCCGACAGCUACUGAGAUCAUGUUCCUGAUGAGGGAGGUGGAGAAGGAGCACGGUCUUGGUAACCAGAUUGGACUGGGUGCUGAAAAGGAAGGUUUUGCCAAGCUCAAAGAGCAAGACCCCAAAUAUAAAGCCUACAAGAGAAAGUUUGGGUGCUACCACGGGUUGUCUAACCUCUGUAACUUGAUAGGAGUUAUCUGCACCGCAACUAAUUUGACCUACGCUGCCCUAAAUCUCUCUACAAUUUAGAGGUCAUCGGGUUUUUUUAGGUCAAAGACAGAGGAUUUGGUUUGAUUUUGACCCUUUUAAAUAUGUUUGUCAUGAUGCAAUAUCACAAGACCUUAACAUCUUUUGACAUCGUCAAAAUUACUUUUAAUGUUCCCAAUCCAGGCAGCACAGUGGAACAGGCCAGUGUGGUUAUCACAUCUGUUUCAAGUUCUGAGGUUCUGGGUUUGAAUCUCAGCAAUGUCCUUCCUGUGUGGUGUCUGCAUAAUCUCCUCAUGUUUGUGUGGUUUCUCUGGCGUCCACCCACACACCAAAAAGAUGCAUAUGAAGUUAAUUGGGGAGUCUAAAUUGUCUAUCGGUGUGAGUUUAACUGGUUAUUUGUCCAUAAAUACCCUAGGAUUGGUUGCUGACCACAUUCCACGUCAUCUUAAUAUAGAAAAUGAAUUCAUGGCUUCAAAUUUGAGCUCUGUGUCUGGGCCACAUCUCCAAUAGGGGGCGAUGGCUGAACACGUUUAAAAGUUUUCACAAAAAAUGCAGAAACUUAUUGACCUUGUUUAAAAAAUAAAAAAGAAAAUGUGAUUAUUAUGCUUUACAUGAACUAAUGUCGUAUAUUACUUUGAAUGACGUUCAAGUUAAGCACACAAUUUAGCCAGACGGAAGGUGUUACGGAUUUUUUUUUUCUUUUACAAGGAUUUGUGUGUAUUUUACGGGUUUUGCUUCUAACAAACACAACAGCACUGUGCAUUUGAUGAUUUAUUUUGUUGACGAAAACUGCAUUUUUAAUUGGGGGGGGGGACAACAGUAAAAUUAUUUUCCUUUUGGGAAAGGUUGCAGUCCGGAAUUAAACCCUCUUUAAGCAAAGAACAAGUUAGUCAAGUAAUUAAAUCAUGUUUACGGGAGUAAGAAGCAAUGCGUUCAUAUUAGAUGGUGCUGGCGCAGUGUGGGACAGAUCCAUAUAAAAUGGUAACACGAGAACAUAAUACAACAGUAAGUUGAAAGACCAAAAAUUACAUAUACACUUUAUCCUUAACCGUGAUUGUGUGUGUGAACAACGGGAAGUACAGAAAGAAAAUAAUUUUCCCAACACAAGGAAGUGGAUUUAGGUGUGUGCAAGACAGCCAUCUCGGAAAUAAAAUAAACUUGUAGGACUGAAGGCAAAGUAAAGUGGUGAUAUGACACCGAAGCCCUAAAAUGGUGGGCAUACUCUGGAUAUACUGUAAAGUCUACACACCCCUGUUCAAAUGCUAGGGUUAGGUAAUGUAAAAGAUUUAGACUACGAAAAAUCAUUCCAAAACUUUUUUCCACUUUUAAUGUACAACACAAUUGUGAAAGAAAUGAAUUCCUUUUGAGCGGGGAAGGAAAAAUAAACAACUGAGAUCAUGUUGUAAGAGUGUGCAUACUCUCUUUAGUUGGGGUUGUGACUGUGUUUAGAAAUAAAUCAAAUUCAAACUUGUUGAACAGGAGUGGGCACACACUUGCCAUUCGAGCUGCCUCUGAUUUACCCCUGAUUAAUGAAAGUUCAGAUGUUCUCAUCGUCUUUUCUGACAUUUUUCCAAUAACAUGGUGCAGCACAAGCCAUGGUCUGUGGAGAGCUUCCACAACAUCAGAGAGAUCUCAUUGUUCAAAAGAAUUUUCAAGGCACCAAAUAUACCAUAGAAGUGAAGACAUUUAUCAUCAAAGGGCUAUGAAUCAAGAGUGGUAGCAUGAACCUGCGCAUAGCAAAUGAUUGCAAAUGAUUGACAACUCUGUCAGUCGCAAAUUCUGUGUCUGAUUGGUUGUUCUUCCUUGGGCACGGUGUCUCCUAAAAAAUCAAAGGGAAGCAGGGGGAAGACAAGAGGAAAAGACAACCAGCCAGAGAUCAGGGCCUUCCACUGGCCUGCUCUCGCUUAUUGUGUUUGCUUAAUGGCUCCAAGAGAGCCGACAAUAACAUGAUCAUUUUGAAAAUGUAAAGACUAAUUAAAGUACAAUUCUCUACAUUUUUUCAUUCAUAAUUGAGUAAACUAGUCAAAUCAGUCAGUCUACUUCUUACACAAGUAUCCAGUCUUGAGGUAAAUGUGAAUAAAUAAGUCAGGUCAGAACCAAACAGCCAACCAAUCCAGUGAUGCUUUUCUUAGGAUGUGAGGUCACGUGACUAAGAAAGCGUAACUGCGAUUGGCUAGGUGUUCGCUACUGACCUGAAGUAACCCUGCCUGGUGCCACAGACGGCGAAUUUUAGACAGCGAAUUGUAUCCAGUUGAAUUGUUAACAUUGAAAAGUUAUACUGAAAUACAGUACAACUAUAGAAAAUGUGAUCACUUUACAUUUCAAAUUUAAAUCCUGUUUUCUGUUUUCAUAUAAAAUUCAAAUCAUAGGUCGCACAUAUCCAUAGUUUUGCAACUUCUCGCUGUUGGUGUUUUCAAAUUUUCAAACUGCUGGUAAUAUUUGAAUGUAGCUUCAGUUUACUAUAGG